CAUUUCCUUUCGAUUAUGGUGCUAUUGUUCAAGAGAAAGAUAUAACCCAAGUCAAGGCAAAGUCAGCGCAAGGAAGAUGUGCAGCUGAGACCGUGAUGCGAUUGGCUGACAGGGACGCGAAUGAGAUGAGAGCCAAGGCACCCUCCUCAGUCGUUUACGGCUGCUCUUUGUAGGCACAAAAAAAGAAAAGAGUGAGCAACUCCCCCCCCGCCGUCCUUAAACCCUCCUUCCAACUCAUUCUCCAAUCCCACACUUCAUCACCUUUCUAAUCAGCCAACCAACCAACCGCCGAACCAGCAAUAACCAACAAAGCAGACAACCUCAUUCAUCGGAAGUGCAUCAUGUCUGGAUCUGUCGCCAAAGUAACCAUCGUCGAGAGGGACGUCGAGUCGCUUUCCACGCUCGAACUCACCGAGUCUUCGACCUCGACUACUGCUGUUACCCCAGCGUCCCCCUCAGUCAAGGGCAUUUUCAAACCUAUGGAAUCCUCUCUUCAUCGUGAGUUGCCCAUCUUCAGCAACCCACUCCUGGCCAACGCUACCCAGGCAAACUCUGUUCCCAGCAAGCCCAAGACAGGGCGGGUCAAGUCUGGAAGCAAGUCCGUACCUGUCCUCAGGAUCAGCGCACCCAAAGUCGACGGCGAAGUCGUGGUGAUGCGGCGCUUGGACACUGACCUCGUCAAUGCCACGUCGAUGUUCAAUGCCGCCUAUCCCGCCAUCUCUGAGAAGAUGAACGCCAAGGAGAGCACCUUUAUCACUCGCAAAUAUGACGGCUAUGUCGAGAAGUCAGGACCUUUGAAUGGUGUCUGGAUCACUGUUACCCAAGCCAAGGAGCUGGCAAAGGAGUACGAGAUCGACCAUUUCAUGCGCCCACUCUUGGAGGCAUCUCUGGGAAAGAAUGGAUCCGCCACGGAGGGAGAAGAGGUUAUGGAGAAGGUUGUUGUCUCCGAGAUCACGAUUGUUCAAACGACGGAGCAGCAGAUCAUCGAGGAAGACGAGCGACAGUUACUGGAAGAGAGCCAGGCUGUCGAGGAUACGGCCGAGAGGAUGGAGGAGCUCACCAUCGCAGAUGUCGCAGGAAUGAAGCGCAGGAUUGAGGAGUUGGAGGAGCAGGUCUCCAGAAAUCAGAAGAGGUUCCGCGGUUUGGUGACAGUUGCAGUGGGGCUCGCCGCUGCGACGGUCAUCCCUCAGGUUCUUCCUUACUUCCCGUAACUUUUUUCUUCUUCUUUUUGACUGAAUGGCCUGUUGACGGGCCAUCCGCAAACAAAGGAUUAUGGCUGCUUCUUUUCUUUUUGGUUUCCAUUUACUGUCUUUCGUUCGAGGGAUAUACCAUCUAACGCACUCUUUUCAAAAACUAAUACUUCACGACAAUUGCACUUUUCUUUCUUUUUCUUUUCUUUUCUUUUUCUGUGUACACUGAUACGAUAUAUUCUAGUUAUGCCCUCCUUUGUUAUGAC